UUUUUGGACAAUCUUCAAUGUUGAGAAGGCUAAAAUCUCGAAAGUCAUGGCUGCUCUCAGAAGGACAACUAGAUUAUUGAGACAUGUUUUAUGCAAUUCACGGACCACAACAGUGGUACAGACACGAACAAUAGGAGAAAUAUGGGUCGAUGGGAGCUGCAUCAACCCUGCACUGGGAUUAACAGAAGAACAAAAACAGAUUCAAAAAGUUGCUACUGAUUAUGCUAAAAAUGAGCUUUUCCCAAACAUGGCAAAGUGGGAUGAAGAGGAAAUAUUUCCUGUUGAUACCUUGAAGAAAGCUGGAGAACUGGGAUUUGGAGCAAUAUACUGCAGGGAAGAAAGCGGAGGGACGGGUUUGAACCGCCAGGAUGCCUCAGUAAUCUUUGAAGCAUUAUCUCAGGGAUGUGUCAGCACCACAGCAUACAUAAGCAUUCACAACAUGUGUGCCUGGAUGAUCGAUGAGUUUGGGAACAAAGAGCUGUCUCAGAAAUGGAUUCCUCAGCUCAGCACCAUGGAGAAACUCGCCUCCUACUGCCUGACCGAGCCAAACCACGGGAGUGACGCCGCAAACCUCAGCACCACCGCCAAACAAGUGGGAGACAAGUUUAUACUGAACGGAUCAAAGGCUUUUAUCAGUGGAGGGGGAGACACAGACGUAUACGUCGUGAUGUGUAGGACGGGGGAGCAGGGCCCUAAAGGAAUCUCCUGUAUGCUGGUGGAAAAGGGGUCUCCUGGAUUAGCUUUUGGCAAGAAGGAGAAAAAGGUUGGAUGGAACUCCCAGCCCACUCGAGCUGUUAUAUUUGAAGACUGUGAAGUUCCAGCCUCUAAUCUGAUAGGGGAGCUGGGGGAUGGUUUCAAAAUUGCCAUGAGAGGACUGAAUGGAGGAAGAAUUAAUAUAGCUUCCUGUUCAUUAGGAGCAGCACAAUCCAGUAUUGAACUCGCAAGGGAUCAUCUCAAAGUUCGAAAACAGUUUGGAAAAACAUUGGAUAGUUUUCAGCAUCUUCAAUUUACCCUAGCAGACAUGGCUACCAAACUAGUGACCUCUCGUAACAUUGUCAGAAUGGCAGCCCGAGCCCUGGAUGAGGACUGGUCAGAGAAAGUGGCCCUGUGCUCCAUGGCCAAGUACUUUGCAACUGAAGAAUGCUCUAAAAUCUGUAAUGACGCCCUUCAACUCCACGGCGGGUAUGGCUACCUCAAAGACUAUGCUGUACAGCAGUACGUCCGGGACAUCAGAGUCCAUCAAAUCUUAGAAGGAACAAAUGAAAUCAUGAGACUUUUGAUAUCCAGAGAUUUAUUAACAGAUGGGGAAAGGAAAUACUCUUGAUGAUGUCUUAAUAUUCUGUUGUUUUUUUAUGCCAACAUGGUUUUCUACUGAAAUGAAAUUAUCUUCUAAAUAUCUUUCAAACUGGAACAUUGUAAGAAACUAGAGUGUGGAACUUAUGAAUAUGGUAAUUAAUGCUUGAAUAAGCCCACAUGCACGAUAUUUGACACUUUUUUUUUGGCAAAACAGUAGCAUAUACCUGGUACCUUUAUUAAAACUUAUUACAUGUUCAUUUUCAAUGGCUUUAUUUUUUAAUAUAAAAGUCCAUUCACAGUAUUAUUACAAGUGUACAUGUAUGUACUUGAAAUUGGGUAUUUUUUCUUCACCCAGUCACAACUGUUGUACAUGUUGUUUUUUAUUCAAAGAAAGUUCAUGUUUUGUCGCUGGAAAUUUGUUUAUAGAUUUUUGUUUACUCCCACUAGUCUCAUUGCUGCUAUGAAGUUUUAGAAAAAGUUUUUAUUGAAAUUUUUGAAUUCUGUGUAAUAAAUUAUUUAUGCACUGUUUAAUGUCCCUUCAAUUCAUAGUUGUUAUUUUUUGUUAAUAAACAUUUUUAUUUUUAUUACUGACUGAUUAAGUAUGAAAAUGCAAACAGUAACUAAAUGGAAAGUUAAAAUAUUUUAUUUUGCUAAACAUCUUAAUACAUAUGUGACUGUGAUAUUGAAUAAAUGUAAAACAAAUUGA